AUGUUUUUGACAAGGUCUGAGUACGAUCGCGGUGUAAACACUUUCUCACCUGAAGGACGGUUAUUUCAGGUCGAAUAUGCCAUUGAGGCCAUAAAGUUGGGUUCCACCGCGGUGGGCAUUCAAACUUCUCAGGGUAUCAUCCUAGCCGUCGAAAAACGCAUCACUUCUCCAUUAUUGGUAGCAAGUAGCAUUGAAAAGAUUAUCGAGAUUGAUUCACAUUUAGGGUGUGCUAUGAGUGGGUUGACCGCCGAUGCCCGAACAAUGAUCGAUCACGCCAGAGUCGCAGCGCAAAGUCGACCUUUUGGUGUAGCCUUGUUGAUUGGCGGUGUCGAUGAGAAGGGACCUCAGUUAUAUCACGCAGAUCCAUCUGGAACUUUCAUGCAAUAUGACGCGAAAGCCAUCGGGUCCGGAUCUGAAGGUGCACAGACUGAGCUACAAGAAGAAUACCACAAAGUAAUGGAAGAAAAACUGAACAAAACCAAUAUUGAAUUGGCAUCUAUCACAUCAGAACAUGGAUUUAGAAUUUAUAGUGAGGAUGAAUUACAAGCUGUGAUAGAUAGAUUAUAA